AUGCCAUGCCAUGCGAUGUUGCUUCGCAGCUUCAGUCUUCCCCCCUUUGAGAAGAAGCGAGUCCGACGAGAUUGCCCACGCGCCAGCGGGAGAGGCCCAGCCCGAGGGUGUCGUUUGACAACUCUCUCCGGCGUGUUAGUCGGGACGAUGAUGCCCGAGAAAAUGGCGCGGUACUCACUUCCCGUUCGCCCUUUGGACCGCUCCAGAUCAACACUGCUGGCAUUUUGGGGGCGACAGCCGCUGCAAAGUCGACUGGAAUCAUGCUCUCGAGCCGAACAGUCUUUGAAUCCUCACGGCCGGAUGGUCAGACGGGAAAUGUCGCUAUCGCCAUGUUGUCCUUUCACCAGAAGCACACGCCCACCCGUAUGGCAUAAGGCCACCUUGGAUUGUCCAUGGAGAGACAGGCCUUGA